AUGGAACUCAACCGAGAACGUUUUCGCGCCAUAAUUUAUUAUAAGUUUCAGAGACAAUUAUCGCAACAAGAAUGCCUUGCUGAGUUACUGUCUGUUUUCGGCCACAUCAAAUUCAAACGUGGACGGGUGAGUCUUAGUGACGAUCCCAGGGUGGGUGCACCAAAAACGGCAGUCACCCAGGAAAACGUCGAUGCUGUGCGCAAUCUCAUCGUUGAAGAUAGACAUGUGACAUAUCGCGAAAUUGACCAGAAAGCAGCCAGGGUUAAUUGGUGUCAAAAAACUCUUGACCGUUUCAAUUCCGGAAACUCAAAAAUGUGUACAGCAUUGUUAGUGCAAAGAACUGUUACUGCGGAUUGGUAUACCACCAUUUGUUUGCCAAAAGUCAUCACCGAGCUUCAAAAAGGCAACCCCGAUAGAAGAAUCAUCCUCCACCAAGACAAUGCAAGCUCGCACACAGCCCAAAGAACAAGGCAGUAUUUAACGGAAGAAAACGUGGAAUUAUUGGACCAUCCUCCAUAUAGUCUCGAUCUAAGUCCUAGCGAUUUCUUUACUUUCCCGAAAAUUAAAAACAGACUCCGUGAUCAAAGGAUCCAGUCACCAGAAGAAGCAGUUGACGCAUUCAAAAAAGCCGUUUUGGAUCUGCUAGCAAACGAGUGGAAUAAGUGCUUCGAAAAUUGGUUCAAGCGCAUGCAGAUGUGUAUUAAUCUUCGUGGAAAAUACUUCGAAAAACAAUAAAGUCAUUUAAAACUA